CCCUAUCCGGAUCGCUAUGUGGGUUCACAUAUCCGCAGCUCCCUUGAUGGCUCGUCUCUGCUUCUCCUCAUCCAUUCUAAGUUCUAACUUAACCAUCUUCUGUUUUCCACCCAAAUUUGUGCAGAGAUCUUAAUCGGCCUGGAAAAAGCAAGGGCGCAGCAAUGGAGCUGGUGGUGGGAGCUUCGGAGGCGACGAUGAAGUCCGUCAUGGCUAAGCUGGGCGGCCUUCUGGCCCAGGAGUACACCCUGAUUAGGGGCGUCAACGGCGACCUCCAGUACAUCAACGACGAGCUCGCCAGCAUGCAGUCCUUCCUCCGCGACCUCGCCACAAUCAGCGCCGGCGGCGGGCAAGCCCAAAGCCACGGCCACCGGAUGAAGGACUGGAUGAAGCAGAUCCGGGACAUCACCUACGACAUCGAGGAUUGCAUCGACGACUCUGCCCACCGUCUCCACGGCCUCCGCUCCGACAUGUACUGCUACUUCCUUGUCAACAGCGUCUAUGAGGUCCUCACAUGGUGGCCUCGCCGGGACGUCGCUGCCAAGAUCUCUGUUCUCAAGAUGCGGGCGCAGCAGAUCGGCGAGCGGCGGGAGAGGUACGGCGUCAACAACCCGGAGACUGCCGGCGGAACCGAGGGACCUCAUGCUGGGCACAGCACUAGCGCUGGAUUCGACGCUGCCGAUAACCAGGAUGCAAGCCUUCAGCUUGUGGCGAUGAAGGACCCAGUGGGAGUGGAAGACCACAUGAAGGAGCUGGAAGAGUGGGUGACUAACGACAAGAACAGCUGCGGCGUGCUCUAUGUUGUUGGAUUCGGAGGGGUGGGGAAGACCACCAUCGCCACGGCCUUGUUCACGAAAUUUGGGGACCAAUUCGAUCACCGCGCGAUGGUCACCGUGUCUCAGAGCUCUGACAUCAACGCUGUUCUGACCAGCAUCAAGAAUCAAGUCAUGCCGCAGUCCAGCAGCCAGAAGCAGGAAGGCGCUGAAGGUGUAUUCGGUCGGCUCAAGCAAGGUGCCUCCGCAUUUGCAGCCAAGUGCUGCAGCGCCGGCACGUCAGAGGAAACGCGUGGUGAGACGAAGCUAGAUCAGCUCAAGAAGGACCUCAAGGAGCACUUUGAUAACAACAGUUACUUGGUCUUGAUUGAUGAUGUUUGGUCUGCAACAACAUGGGACCAGAUCAGAAAGUCGCUUCCUCCAAGUAAGCAACGCAGCAGAAUAAUAGUUACUACACGAUUUCAAGCUGUUGCUACAACACGUAGAGGAGAAGAAGGUGAUCAUACUCGUAAAGUUGUCCCUCUUGGCAUUGAAGAAUCUGAGAAGUUAUUCAAGCAGGCCUUCUUUGAAUCCAAAGGAAACAAGGUUGAUAAGGUUCCGAAGGAAGUCUGGAAGAUGUGCGGGGGCCUGCCUUUGGCCAUAGUUACCAUGGCCGGCCAUGUGGCCUGCAACCCAAACAAAUCAGAGGAAGAAUGGUUGAAGGUUUGUAAAUCUCUGUUUCCAGAGUCAGGGAAGGAUCAUGGGAAAGAUGGUAGGAAAGACCUUACCCAGGAGGAAGUUGGUAGGAUUGUUAGUCAUUGCUACAAUGACAUGCCUGCUGACAUCAAGACUUGCUCUCUGUAUUUGAGCAUAUUUCCGAAGGGCCAAAAAAUCAGCACAAAGCGUUUGACACGGAGAUGGAUAGCUGAAGGCUUCGUUGCGGAGAAGCAGGGGCUGAGUGUGGAGGAUGUUGCAGAGACAUAUUUCAAUCAUCUCAUAAGAAGGAAGAUUAUCCGACCAGUUGAGCACAGCAGCAACGGAAAGGUGAAGAAAUGCAUAGUCCAUGACAUGGUUCUUGAGCACAUUGUAGCGAAGGCAAGUGAAGAGAAUUUCAUCACUGUCGUUGGUGGUAACUGGCUUAUGCCGCCACCUAGCAGCAAGGUCCGUCGCCUAUCCCUCCAAGAAAGCGAUUCCAAACGUGCAAAUGAUACAGAGAAGAUGAACUUGUCUCAUGUCCGCUCACUUACCAUGUUUGGGAGCUUGAACCAACUGCCUUCCCAUUCGUUCAAGUUUGGAAUUGUACAAGUCCUGGAUCUUGAAGGCUGCACAGGUUUCAAAGUGCAUCAUACAGAGGAGAUAUGCAAAAUGCUUCUUCUAAAGUAUCUCAGCCUUCGAAGAACCGACACUAAACAGCUUCCAAAAGCGAUUGGAAAGCUUGAGAACCUUGAGACUCUGGACAUUAGAGAGACAAAUGUUGUUGAGUUGCCUAAAACUGUAUGCCAGCUUGAAAGGCUGGUAAACAUACUUGGUGGGGAUAAAAGAACAAGAAGGGCAUUAAAGCUUCCUGAAGAGUUGAAUAAGAAGAAGAAAAUGAAGGCCUUGCGCAUACUCUCUGGGAUUGAGAUUGUUGGGGGAUUGGCGGACCUUCAUCAUUUGACUGAGCUGAGGAAGCUUGCCAUCUUCAAGCUCAGCACCAUGGGCGAUGAUGCCAGUUUCAAAGAUUUAAGCUCCUCUAUCGAGUACCUUGGUGGCUACGCUCUACACGCCCUCAUAAUUGAUGACGAGUCAUCCAAGUUCAUCAAAUCACUGGAUGAUAUGUCAUCACCUCCAAAAUUCCUUGUUGCCCUUGAGUUAUCUGGCAAGAUGGUUCAGCUCCCUGGCUGGAUGACACAACUGAGUGCUCUCAGCAAGUUAACCCUUUCAGUAACAGCUCUCCGGACAGACAACUUGCUGCUCCUUAGCAACCUAGAGUCACUGUUCUCUCUCACCUUCUCAUUCAGGGCAGAGAAGCAGGAUUCGGAAACAAUGACCAUUCUUGCAGAAAACAAGCUGUCGUCUGACGGAGAGAUCACUGUUCCAGGUGCUGGAUUCAAGAGCCUUAAGCUUCUCCGCUUCUGUGCUCCUCUGCUUCCAGUACUGAGCUUUUCAAAGAAUGCCAUGGCAGAGCUCGAAAGGCUUGAGCUGCGGUUCAGCAUGCUGGAGGGCCUUUGCGGCGUGGAAAACCUUGCGGAACUGAAAGUGGUGCAUUUGAUAUUGGACGACAAAGACGGCGAACAUAUGACCAAGAUGGUACAACGCGAGGUGGAGGGAGCAGUGAAGAGGGCCGAUGGCAAGGCGCCCAAGAUAAUCCUCGACCAGUGACUUAUGGAAAGUAUGCCCAACAGUGGUGCUUUGUGGGUCUAUGUAAGUUUGAAACUCAUCACAUUCGUAUCUGUUAUCUGCCACUACUUGUGCAGUUGUGCUUUACCUAUGCAAAGAAGGAUGAUGCUUCCCCAGUAACAGCUCUCGAGACGGACAACUUGUUGCUCCUUAGCAAUCUAGAGGCACUGUUCUCCCUCAAAUUCUCAUUUAGGACAGAGAAGCAGCACUAAGAAACAAUGGUGAUUCUGGCGGAGAACAAGCUGUCCUCAGAUGGGGAGAUCACAUUUCCAGGUGUUGAUUUCAAGAGCGCAAAGCUUCUCCGCUUCUGUGCUCCUCUGCUGCCAGUACUGAGCUUUUAGAAGAAUGCCAUGCCAGAGCUCGAAAGGCUCGAGCUGCGGUUCAGCAUGCUAGAGGGCCUUUGUGGCGUGGAAAACCUUGCAGGACUUGAAGUGAUGCAUUUGACAUUGGACGAUAAAGACGGCGAGCAUAUGACCAAGAUGGUACAACGCGAGGUGGAGGUAGCAGUGAUGAGGACCGGCGGCAAGGCGCACAAGAUAAUCCUCGAUCAGUGACUGAUCCAAAGCAAGCCCAACAGUGGUGCUUUGUGAGUCUCUUUAGGUUUGAAACUCAUCUCAUUCUUACCUGUUCUCAGACAUUACCUGUGCUGUACUUGUGUGUGUUCCAUCCGUCAUGUUUAUGCGUGCAGGAAGGCUGAUCAUCAGUAGCAUGAUCUUGCAGAUUUCGUGUAAGAAACUGGCAUGUAUCAAUCUCUGGACAACUGAUACCAGAAUUUAUAGUGUGUACAACACAGUGUUGUAGUAUAUGAAAGUCCAUAUGUUUUA